AGAACCUCACGUUUUAUGACGCCCGCCUUCGGUGUGAGGAUAUGGAAGCGAAUCUUGUUCAGAUUGACAGUAUUCUUGAAGAUUUCUUUAUUGCCAGCAUCAUUCACUCUAGUUCUAACCAGUACUGGGUGGAUGCCACCAGGAAUCGCACCAGUGCACCGUCACUGGCGUACACGUGGUCAGAUGGGACAGAAGUGAAGAAAUAUCUGUGGAUAUCCUAUGAACCAAACGAGACAGGUGACUGUGUCCGAUAUUACAACGCUGCUGGCGAUACGCGUAAUAGGUUGGGGGACAACCCGUGCACACACAAUUAUUCCUACAUAUGCGAAAAACUUGCAGAAUCCCCUAGUACCGGCAGUUUAGGGCCUUUUACAGAAAUUACAAAUACGUCAAUGUGUUCUCUUCUGCGACCCACGCCAAGUCGGUCACGUGUGGAAUGUGGACGAGUUUGCUUAUUAACACCCGAGUGUGAUGGUAUUGUGUACCAGAACAAUUCUUGUCAACUUCUGCGAUUAGCCGUCAUCAACGCGGUUUGUGAUCCUUACAGCGUCAUACCGGAUUCAGUGUACCGACUGAACAGAUGUGGAGGUGAAAUAGGUGUAAAUGCAAUCGCUGGAUGAUUGAAAACGUUUCAUGUGGAAUAAAAGCAUGCAAAACUCGUGUAGCCAAUGAGUGUGGAGGUAAAAAACAACGAGUGAUGGAGAAGCAUCACGGG